AUGAAGUCUUCAAGUCUUCUCGGCUCCUUGAACGAGGUAUCUUCGCUUACAACUGCAGAGAACAAACGCGUAUCUGCAGUUAUAGACUACCACACAGAUUCAAAACGUAACUCUGCCAUCUCGACAACUUCCACUGGCUCCGGAAGGCGAAAGACGCAUAUUGGUCCAUGGCGACUGGGAAGAACUCUUGGGAAAGGCUCGACAGGCCGCGUCCGUCUGGCGAAACAUUCUGUGACGGGUCAGUCUGCUGCUAUUAAAAUCGUAUCUAAGAAAUCUGCAGCAUUAUCCCAAAGCCAGAGCAUUGCUGCGAUGGAUAAAAACAUUGGCACUGCACCGGGUUCUCGUACAAUUCCUUCUGGCAUCGAAAGAGAAGUUGUUAUCAUGAAGCUUAUUGAGCAUCCAAAUGUUAUCAGCUUACUCGAUGUUUGGGAGAAUAGAGGUGAACUAUACCUUGUUCUCGAGUAUGUCGAAGGCGGCGAGCUAUUUGAUUACGUCUCGGAAAGCGGUCCUCUUCCAGAAGUCGAAGCCGUCAGACUUUUUCGACAAAUUAUUGCUGCAUUAUCGUAUUGCCAUCAAUAUAAUAUCUGUCAUCGUGAUCUCAAGCCCGAAAAUAUUCUGCUCGACUCCCAGAGAAAUAUCAAAGUGGCUGAUUUCGGUAUGGCGGCUUUGCAGCCGAUGGGUCACUGGCUAAAUACGUCAUGCGGGAGUCCCCAUUAUGCGUCACCCGAAAUAAUCUAUGGACACAGAUAUCAAGGCAACAAAGCCGAUAUUUGGAGUUGUGGGAUAAUUCUUUUUGCUAUGCUGGCUGGAUUCCUCCCAUUUGACGGUGGCGACCUUGGUAGUACUCUGAAGCUUGUUAAAAAAGGAGAGUACAUACUUCCUCCCUGGUUCAGCCGAGAAGCCGUGGAUAUGAUCCAACGAAUUUUACAAAAGAAGCCUGAGAACAGGAUUUCUAUGAAUGAAAUGUGGCAACAUCCUCUUCUGAAAAAAUACGAGACUCAUCCCAUCCUCGCGGAUUAUCCACUAAAUGCUAUAGGACCCCCAUCACCAUUGUCGUCCAAAGAUUUCAGAAAGAUGGUGAGUCAUCGUCGUGAUAUUGAUAUGGAAAUUUUAAGAAGCCUCCAAACACUAUGGCAUGGAAAAAGGAAAGAUGAACUAAUGGAAAUGCUGUUAAAUGACGAAGCGAACCACGAAAAGUUGUUUUACAAAGCAUUGUUGAAAUUCAGGGAAGAACAGCUUGAAAAUUACGAAGGCCCACCACUAGAGUACUCGUCCAGUGACUACCAUCACAUCUCAAGGCCACUCUUUCGACCACACAAACGGAUAUCAGGCAACUACAGUGAAAGCAGUGUGUGGAAACGUUCCAGAUUCUCAAUCGCUACAAACACAUCUAGUCUGAGGGAGAAUUCCGGUAAAGGGCCAUUAUCCGUCAGAACAAUUGCCAGCUAUGACCCUUAUAGAUCAUCUCAAACCGCCAUUACCGAACCAAAGGUUGAGUAUGCAAAUGUUGUCAUCCACAGGCACCCUUCAAGUGGCUUUAGCGCCGGCGUGCCUUUGGAUAUGCUCAACGUCGGGACUCAGCCUGUCGGAGAGAGAGGAUCUUCACUUAUCCUUUCAUCGUCAAACGCUGCACCAUGGUCCUCAUCAAGACGAAGCUCUAUCGCAUCUUUCCAGUCGCGUAGCUCAAUGGGGAGUCUGCGCCAACGCCGAGCUUCCACUCGUGGUUAUAAGAGAAAUGUUUCUUUCCGACAUUUGCAAAAUAUGAAAACAGCAAAUCAAAGUGCCAACACUACCAAAUCAUACGCUGAAUAUUCAUUGCCUCCAGAGAAAAGGAGACCCCAAAGGCGUCAAUCUGAAAGGGCCAAAAGACUAUCCACUGAUAGAUUCAGCAGCCCAUCUCUGCCUUCACCGCCGGCCUGCGUACAACGAGCUUCAACCAAGGAAGGGGAAAUUCAAGUGGAAGUGAAGCCACGUCAAUCUUAUCAAUACUGGAAAGAAGAAGCCCGAAAGGUGUCGCAAGAGCUCGAACAAAUCUGCGAAGAGGCUUUCAAUAGCUCGUCUAUUUCAUCUUCCCAGACAAUAGACGCUGGAUUCAAGUAUCCAGAGUCACCUGUGACUUCCGUCUCUACCCCUGGAAAUCUUGGCAGAUAUUACGAUAAGAAGAACAAACGAUCUUCGCGAGAGCAAGAUUUUGAGUCUUGCAGCUCCUAUGCGACCAAGGAGUUGGUUGAGACUCGUCGUCGAUUGAUAGAGCAUUCAAGCCAGGCUAACGCGGACAACUUGCCCUCCUAUCUCUCUGAAGUCAUCGCUCAUCUGGAUCGCCUGAUUGGAGGUGAAUUGGCGCUUUCCGCAGCAACAAACUCAACUUUAGUCAAGGAACCCACCCGGUUAUCACAGAAUUUCGACAAUAAACUACCUCCUAUCUCGGAAGAGAGGCCGCCUGUGCGAGAUUUCUUAUCCAGUGAGAGUAAUUUUGGCCGAUCAAUCUCAAAGACUGUUCCAUUGAGACCGGAUGACUGGGAAAGAAAGAAAACAAUCCGAGUAGUACCAGAUUCGACCAACAAUCUUGGUACAAUAAAACCGCUGACCAUAAGAAAGAAGCGCACGACACUCGAAUUCCGAACUUCAGCCAGUGACUCAAGAGACUCGGAAUCACAGCGGAGUGCCAGCGAGUCAGUUCCCCCUGAUCGGGCAGCAGGUCGAAGAAGCACGACUGCACGGUUUUUCAGCGGGCUUGAGCCAAUUGAAGAAAAUCCAAAAUCCCCAAAGAAAAGCGAAGCUCGCAACCCUGCAGAAAGCAGGAAAUGGUCCUGGUUUAAACAUACUAAAUCUGCGAGCUAUGCAGACGUCGGCCCUCCAACGCCACCAAAGGACAAUCUUCCAUCUGGCAGGUCUUCGCUCUCCAAUAUUGCAAACGUUAGCUCUCACAGCAUUGAGGGGCUGAACACGGUUGAAAAGCACCCUGAAAUCAAACGAGUUUUCCCAAGCGGUCCUGCAGAGACGGGCAAGAAGCUGCUGAAACUCUUUGGCAGAAAGAAACAUGAAAAACCAAUCCAUGAAAUUGGAAGAGGCAUCAACGACCCCGAUUUCUCUUUUACGAGUCUAGCCAGCGUAAUCGACAGCGGCGGCUCGGACUCCAAUGAACACACCAUUCCCAGCCGCGAAAGAAAAGCCGAACGAUCAGUCUCUCCGCCGCCCAGCCAGAAUUGGUUUAUGAAAUUCUUCCAUAUCAAGCCUGCCUCAAGAGUCAUUGCGCUGAGUCUCUCCAAAUCACGCGCAAGAAAGGAGAUCCUCAAGAUCAUCCGUGAAUGGAGAAAGUAUGGCAUAGAGGAUAUCUAUUAUGAUAGACCGAAUGGCGUCAUCCGCGGGAGGGUGGGAGAGUUGAAUCUCCUCCGUCUCCGCCCCGUCGACUUCUCCGCAAAACUGUUCACGGUGCUGGAAUUCGGCCGCCAAGCCGAUCUCAGUCUGAUCCGGUUCAAACAGGAGCGUGGCGCGGCGUCGUCUUUCCGAAAAGUGGUGGAUACGCUGACCACGGUCCUCAAGCAGCGCAACUUGCUUGUUGAAGACGCAGUCAAAGCCAAGAAGAUGGCCAAACUCCUUGAAUUCGCGCCUCAGUAG